GUUAACAUAUUGUACAUAAUUUUGACAAAAAAUGCACAUUUCAAAAUAUGUUGAGUUCAGGCAAUGACAUAUGUGAUGACAUAUUCUAGGUUAAAAACGGGUGUAUAAAUGCCAAAGUAAUGUCAUCUGAAGCUUUGAAGGUUGAAAACUUGUCGAAAAAUGCCAAAAAUAUGUCAUUUUUGGUUAUUAAUUAAAUUAAUGUACCAGCAGAUCCUGGAGAUUUUACUUGUACUACUUUUUUUUAUCGGUCCUGUAUCUCCGAAACUUAUCAUAGGAUCUUUUUGGGCCUACGACAACUUACGUUCCAGGAGGUCGAGAAGCAUAACAUAUUUCAAUUUCAUGACAUGACAAUCGUGAAAUUUAUUUUUUCUCAUAAGAUCCGUGCGUGGUCCUUUGCUUUGACAUACACUUGUUGAAUACUUAGAGAUUUUUUCAUAAACAGUUCAAAAGCAAUUUUAAAAUUAAAAACUUGGUUUAAAAUGUUAAGGAAUCACUGUACUUGAAAAAAAUUUCAUGCAAAAGCAAAUAUCACCACGAGUAUUACCAUGAAAGGACAAUUUUUUCAAAUCUUCAAGUUUAACCACGUCCUGCUCUAAUAUGAGGUCGAAUUCCUUCAGUCUGGAAAAAAACAGAUAUUUUGAGCAUUGUAUAAAUAAUUAAUAUUUAAUUAUUUACUUUGCUUUAUAUGACAUUAUAACAAAACUUUUCUCCAGCAGUAGUCGAUAGUCUACUUGUUCUGGUAGGUAAAAAUCCAACUAUUGUGAUCUAAUUUCAGUGAAAGCGUGUCUCAUUGGGAAUCUUAUCGCUAGUAGGAUACACAGGGUGUUUAUUUUCCUUUUAUUUGAAUGUGAUUUCAUUUAAAUGGAAAAAUGUUUAUUUUUCAUAUAACCUAUAAAAAUAAUUGAAAUUUUUUGGAAGUUCCGAAUAUAAAUCCAUUUAUCAUUACAUGUCUUUUUUUAGUGGUAUUCAUUGAAGAAAGAGAGAAUAACUCCAUAUCAUUUUCCUCUAGUUCUGAUAAUCCUCUGACAGCUAAACAAUUGUCAACACUCAAAAAUCAGCUGACUGGUCAAAUGUCAAAAACAAAAACUUCAUAACAAAAAGAAAAAAAUUAAAUUAAUUUCCCAAAACAUCUGUGAAUUACUUGUUUAAUUCAAAUUAAAAUUCCAAAUAUUCGUUCGUAGUUAAAUAAGUUCAAUUUGAAAUAAUUAAAAUAUUCAGUUGUCAUGUGGUCAAUAUCGAAAUAAUUCUUUAAAAGAGAUGUUACAAGACACUAAUAGCAAAUGUCGUCAUUGCCCCAACAUACCGUCGGAGGCCUGUUGCUUUUGCAACAGUUCGGCUACAGAAAAGUUGCUAGAUCUAUGCUUUAACUACAUCAAUAAAAAACUAGAAUCGAUAUGCGAAUUUACUGGUUAUUCGGGCUACCUAAAACUCAAAGACAAUAUUUCAUUGCCUGUAGAAAUAUGCGAAAAGCUCUUGUCAGUUAGAUCGCAAAGUUUGCAAAGUAUAGAUUCGAAUUUUAUAAAUAUUUUUAAAGAUACAAACAAUACUAGGUUGAAACGGGUGCGGUUAAGGAAAAGCAAGAUACUAGAUCAUGAUUUGGAAGUUUUACUGAGCCAUCAGCUUAGAGAAUUAGAGCUGGUUCGCAGUAAAGAAUUGACACAUAAUUGUAUAAAGCAUAUUAGUACUUAUGGAGCUAGUUUGGUAACUUUAAUAAUUGGAGACGAUGUAAAUAUAUUUCCAUUGAGUAUUUACGCUUUUAUAGAUAUACACGAUAAUUGUGGGCAAAAUUUUAUAUUCAACACACCAAAUUUACAAAAAUUUGCCUUAAAAAACUGUCACGGUUUACCAGACUUUUUCUAUCAAAUGCUCUUGAACCCCAUGAACAAACUAACACACUUAGACCUAAGUAAUUGUGACUCUCUAGACAACUUCACUUACACAGAACAUUUAACAAGUUUACGCACACUUAUUUUGUAUAACGUCAGUAAUAUAGACGAAAUGCUGCCAGCAAUAUGUAAAUUAAAAACUCUAACGCACUUGGAUGUAUCUCAAAGUAAAGACGACAACAGAAAAUUUCCUGAUCCCACUGCUACAUUAACAGCGUUUGUUAAUAAUUUGCCUCAAUUGAUGUCCUUGGAUAUUUCCGGAACUAACUUGGCUGGUACAGGAGUAUCUGAAACGAAUGAAGCCAGAGGUUCAGAUAUUCCCGGAUUGAUAUCCAGAGUGGAUAAUCCUUUUCAUUUUUUGGGCUUGUACGAAACGAUGCAUGCUGCGUGCUUCAGACAUGAUAUUCCUUCUAAAUUGAUUGCAGGUAAUGCCAAUGAAGAACAAAUUCUCAUAUCAGCUCUUGCUUACAUGGACAGAACUGAUAUGCUACAAAAGGUACUGAACGAACUGUUUCAGCUAUUUCGAUUUGAAACCUGCCAAUUUGUCGGGCAGGCUUUGGAUGUCGUUUUGGAAUCGAUGAAUCGGCAUUUGGAUGAGAGGCAUAUUCAAAUUUCAGGAAGUGCUACAUUAUUCUACAUUGUAAAAGGCACCGAUAGGGAGCUGCACGACGCGAUUCAUGUAAAAAGGAAAGUAAUUUCGACCCUAUUGAAUGGCAUGAGUGUGCAUCGCUAUGAUGAAACCAUGAUGCGUAACGGUUGUUUGACUUUGUGUCAGUUUAAGAUACCUUUGGAUGUGCUCUUUGAAUAUGAACGUUUAGUAGAUGUUCUACUUUAUUCCGUACACGGAUUGACUUCGGAAAGUUUUGUACAAAGAAUUGGAAUUUAUUUAUUAAAUUCUUUAGCGUGCCAAGUGGGCGGACAACAAAAAGUUCGAUUGGGUGAAUUGGGCGCUAUCAAUAAAAUGAUCUGGCUGAUAUCUGAAAGAUUAGAGAGAGGACACUGUGAUGACGUUUUGGAAGUCGCUUGGUCCACCAUGUGGAAUGUGACUGAUGAAACUCCAUCGAAUUGUAGAAAGUUUUUAGAAAACAACGGCAUGGAAUAUUUUUUGUCUUGUUUACAGAGUUUUCCUGAAAAAGAGGACCUGCUGAGAAACAUGAUGGGACUACUUGGAAAUGUAGCAGAAGUCAAGGAGUUGCGUCAUUACUUAAUCACUCCCGAAUAUCUUUCUGUAUUUUCUAAUUUAUUGAAUUCUAACUGUGACGGCAUUGAAGUUAGUUAUAAUGCUGCUGGAGUCAUUUCACAUAUUGCUUCAGAUGGUCCUGACGUUUGGACUGUAGAAAUACCACUGCGACAACAGGUGCUUGAUAGAAUGAUUUCAGCUAUUGAAAGUUGGGAUCUGAGUUCACAAAGAAACAUAAACUAUAGAUCUUUUGAACCGAUACUCUAUUUGGUCAAAAUUUACCAUACACCUGAAUGUCAACGAUGGGCCGUUUGGGCCUUGGCUAAUCUAACCAAAGUUUACCCUGAAAAAUACUGUCAUCUAGUAGAAAAAGAAGGCGGUUUGGACCUGUUGAAAGAGCUCAUUGCUCACAAGGAUCCGCCAUUAGCUAACAAACAAUUGGCAGAAAUAGUUAUAGAUAAUUGUAAAAAAUUUGAAAAUCACGAUUGGCCACAACAUGAAUUAGAUGGGUAACACAUGCAGUUUAAAUUUAAGGAUUCAAAAAAAUAUACAUUACAGAGGCAAAGUUUCUUUUUAGUUGCCAUGUAUUUAAUUUUAAAGUACUCAAUUCGCGUUAGACUGAAUUUAACAUUGAAAAUUCAAUAUUUUUCUUUAUUUUUGUGAUAAUAUUAUUAUUCUAAAAUGCCUUGUUUUAUUUUGUUUGUUUUUUUUUCUGUGCAAAUUCAAUUAUUGACUAUACAUCAAGCAUAGUUUGAACUUUAUUUCUAUAGACCUUUUUAUGAGUUAUAUAUAUAUAUAUUGAGAUGAUAAAAUAAGUUAAUUUGAUCAGUUUUGUCUUCUAACCGAGCUUCUAACAGUACAGUCUUCAUCAACAAUAAUAGAAUUUUGCCAGAGCUUCUUAUAGGGACUGUUUAGUUUAGAAACAGUUUAUUAUUAUAAGUACUAUGAAGAUCAUUAUACAUAUUGUAAAUAGCUAUUAUAUGAUUAUUAGAUUUUACAAAUAAUUGACAGUUUACUAAUUAUUAUGUUGUAAAUUUAUCGGCAUCAGAACGAAGAAUUGUAGUUUGAAAACGCACAUUAUAUUUUGUUUAAAUCGCGCUCUUUAUAUUAUAUUUAUGUUAUUUUUAUUUAUGCAAAUUAAAUAUAUUAAUAUAUUUAUUUAUUUUUCUUUAUUAUAAAACCUUUUUGGAAUUCUUCUUACGAAACCAAAUGAAAAUAGCAGAUUUUUCUAUAUAUUUAUUUUUUCUCCACAUCACCACUACAAGAAGUAUAAACUUGCUUAGCAAAAGUCUGAGCCACUAACAAUGGAAACAUGAGUGUAGCUUCAGCGUGAAUUUUAACUGGUCUUGCGUCUUUUCUAAUUUUUCCCCAUGAAACUGCUUCAUCAGGUCUAGCUCCCGAGUCACUUCCAUCAUAUUCCAAGCCAGUGUUCAAGUAGACUGCAAAGUCUGCACCAUUUCUCUAGAAAAAGAGAAAUGUUGAAUUUAGCAUGCUCUUACUUUUUUGAAUACUGACCAUUAAAUUAGCGUUACAGAUGUGAUGUUUUAUAACACCCCCUCCUAGUAUAAUGACGCC